GCCGCGAUUGGAUUACGUGUGUUGUGUUAAAAAAUUCGAUCGCCGUCACAUGUAAGCGCGAUGGAUGUUCUUCCUAGCGGUAACCUAUUCCGCGAGCUGCAGGAUGUCACCGACACCGGUUAUUUCGAAUGGAAGCUGUCACUCGAAGAUUAUUGGCAACAGACAUGUUACGAAAUGGAGCGGUACCUCCGAGAGGAGCCCCGAGGGAAGCGCAGAGAGCCGGCGCAAGAAGAGGAAUGGGCGAGGUCAGCCACAUCUCCACCUCCAACGCCGCCAUCUCCACAGUCACCGAGAAUCUUCACAGUCACAGCAGUGAAGAGCGAACCGCCUAGCGAUUCUGAUGAACCAAGAGAUGAGCCGCCGAGUCCGGCGCCUGUUCGACGUCAUGUGCCACGUCAUCAUCCGCACCCACACGCCACCGAUCCCAGGCGUCGCGUGCACAGAUGCGAAUUCCCAGCCUGUGAUAAGGUUUACACCAAGAGUUCGCAUCUCAAAGCGCACAAACGAACACAUACAGGAGAGAAGCCAUACAAAUGUUCUUGGGAAGGGUGUGAAUGGCGGUUCGCGCGGUCCGACGAGCUGACUAGACAUUAUCGUAAACACACAGGAGCGAAACCAUUCCGCUGCCGCCACUGCGAGCGCUGCUUUUCACGCUCCGAUCAUUUAGCGCUUCAUGCAAAACGUCAUGCGUAGCCCGAGAAUCAAACACCCACUCCCAGGAAAAGAGGCAGUAAUCGGAACAAACGAGCUGAAAAACUGCCUAAAGAUGGGAAUGUACACUAGAAUGUGAUCGUGUACACACAGGUGCGCGCCUCUUAUUUAAAUAUGUGUGAUUCCGUUUGUAGAAUUUGUGCGUUGUGAUCUUACGGAAUUGAACGUUAAGAUUGCGCGUGACGUUCGUUUCCGCUUUGUGUCGUUAUGUUUGUUGCGAGGCGCGCGCUUGGGGAGUGGGUGUUCGCAAAGCGUUGCAAGCCAAAGAAAAUGUCGCUACGAAUGUAGCCGAGUCAACACUCAUUGCACCUAAUGCUUUAACGUUAUUUUUAUUUCAUUAUUUUAAUCGACGAUAAAUUUUUAAAAUCUCUUUAAUGUUUCGGCCUCUAUCGUUGCGGUUCUUUGUUGCAAUAAGAGAACGAUUUAUAUUUGCCGUUGUUUAUUAUGUAAAAGAUUUUUUCUAAGCUUUGUGUACAGAGAGGUUUUUUUAUGUCGGCCGGUCGCAAAGCGGCCGCUUGUCGAUAGUUGUGCCAUCGUUCGCGGAGCAAGCGGGCGCGGCGUCCGUGCGCACGCGGCGCUCCCGCGCGUCUUUCCGUCAACCUGCAUUUGAUCACAUGUGACAUAAUUAUUAUUUAUUGAUUCGCGGGAUGUUCGGCAGAUAUUCCCACCGACGCCUAGCACAACCUUUUGUUAGUUGUAAGCUUAGUAGGAUGUGCGUCGCGCGUUACCUGAUGUUACGUCAAUUUCUCGAGACACUUACUGUGGACAAUGUUAUGCAACUAAUCAAAUGCAACGAUUGUUAAUGAAGCGAUCAACAGUUAAAAUUUACAUAACAUCGCUGUUGUUUUAGUUGAACCCGAUCGUGCUGAUUUAUUAUGUCCAAAGGCGAUUGUUUCUAGAAAUUGACUUAUUUUAAUUUUAUAUGAUGUUUAUUUUUAAGAUGUUCAUACAUUGCGAUAUAUUUACUUUAAGCUUUCUCCUUUACUCUCUCAUUCCGUUCGUUUAAGCUAUUUUGUGCUGCGUCUUGGCAUCGUCGGUGCCACGAGGAAACGUUCUCUGCGUAAAUGUUUUAUAAAAUCUCCGACGCAACGCCCUUACACACGUAGUAUUAGUUAUAAAAUGAUUUAAAAGAUUAUUUUCGGAAGUUUCGCUAAGUGUGUAGAGGUGUCAUUGAUGUUUGAAAUAAACAAGUUGAUUCUAAAACACA